AAGAUUCAACAAUAUUUGAGAAAUGAUUGUCAAGUGAACAACAACGUAAACAUAAGUCUUUGUAAAUUUUAUCACAAAUAAAAGUCAUGACUAAUCGUAAUCCUAACACUCUUAUGAGUGUUCCAGAUGAACAAUUUGAUUAUUUAUUUAAAAUAGUUCUUAUCGGUGACUGUGGCACAGGUAAAACAUGUAUUGUGCAACGAUUGAAGUCCGGUAAUUUCAUAGAAAGACACGGUAAUACAAUAGGCGUAGACUUUUCAAUGAAAACUUUGAUAGUGGACGGAAAGAAGGUCAAGCUUCAGAUAUGGGACACUGCUGGACAGGAAAGAUUUAGAACGAUAACUCAAAGCUAUUAUCGGUCUGCGAAUGGAGUAAUUAUAGUGUAUGAUAUUACCAAGAGAUCAACAUUUCUAUCGUUGCAAAAAUGGAUUGAAGAAGUUAGAAGAUACACAUCAUCCAAUGUUAUAGUUUCAUUAAUUGGUAAUAAGUGUGAUUUGACUGAUCAACGUGAAGUUGAGCCAGAUGAACCAAAGUCAUUUUGUCGCUACAUCCCUGAGAUUAUGUUUGUGAUGGAGACAUCGGCUAAAGAUAACACAAAUGUUGAGGAUACUUUUCGCAGUUUAGCAACUGAACUGAAGCGGCAACAUGAUAAUAGUGAAGGCCCACCGGCUGAAUCAGAUUCAGUUGUGCUUGGUGAAAGUCAUCCAGUAAGUAGGUGCCAGCCUUGUCGAUCUUCUUAGAUUAUAUAGAUUAAUAGACAAAUAUGCCAUUUGUUCAUAAUUUUUUAUUAGCGGCCUGCAUAACACCAAAUAUAUUUUUAAUCUGCCAUUAAUUUAUGGCUAUGAUGAUAUAAAUAUUUGUCACAAAUCACUGGUUAAAUUCUGUAUUAUUAUUAACUCCUGUACCAAGUGUGGUGCUUUUAAUUGUAGGUGCUUAAAUGAAUCUCUAUUUUUGUCUAUAAUUUUGAUUAUGAUCAAAUAUUUUUGUGACAAAAUAAAAAAGAAAAUUAUUAAUUUAAUACUUAUUAAACACAAUUUUAAUAUUAUACUUUAUAUUAGUCUUGUGAGACAUAUGUGGUGCUUAGAAAUUGAUCAUUUCAAAAUAAUUGCAACAUAUAAUUAUGCCCUACUAACUUAACUACUAAAAAAUGGAGACCAAAAUAGUUAACUAUACAGUUCACUUUUUUUUAUAACAUAUGUAGCUUUCUCAAUAAAUUAAAUGUUUAAUUAUAUUUAAAUGUUUCAUAAAUAGCAUACAAGGUUGUAGCAAAGGUUUUUAGUGAGAGAAGGUCAAUCAUAGCUCCCAGUCAACACAUAUUAAUCCUAAUCUAUGCAAAAAGUUAUUUUAACUAUUACAAUACAAUUUAAAAAUAACAAAUUAUAUAAACAAGCAAUCUUAAAUAUGUCGUACAUAAAUAACAAUAUUAUUUCAUUAAACAAUUGGUAUCUAUUGUUGAAUGUAUCUUGUUUAUUUUUGUUGAGACAAGGAAUGUAAACUUCAGCCUUUGCCAGAUGUUUACAUAUAAUAUUGAGGAUUAAGAAAAAGCUGCAUAAUUCAUAAAAAUGUAAUAAUUUUAGUUUUUUGAAAAACACUUGUAACAAUACAUUUUCGAAACCUAUGAAAUCGAGCAAUUAAGACUACCUCCUGUUUAUAUUAAUGUAAAUAUAAUUUUAACUAAUGAACUCAUUUUGAACAUUUUUUAGCUUUGUAACAAGAUUUAAUAAUAAUAGAUAUGGUGUUGAGUUUAGUGUUAGCAACCUUAAAAAUAGUUAUUCUCUUGAAAUGGGCAUUAAAUAAUUAAAUAUUAUCUUACCAAAAUGAUGUAAAUUUAAAUAAUCGGGGAUUUUAUUUCUAUUAGGUAUUUAUUUACUUCAUCUUAAAUUCUUAUUGUUGAUAACAGUAUGUUAUUAUUGUUUUGUUUCGGUUGCUAACACUGUUGAUUUAAAUUGAGAAACGUCAUUAUUUGAGGUUAUAUUUUUAAAGAUUAUAUUUUAUAAUAAUUAUUUUUUCUUUAUAUGUCACAAUUCCAAUUUUUAAUAAUUUAGUAAGACUUAAAGUAUUAUAUUUUGUAACUAUGAAGGAAUUCUCAUUAGUUUUUAAGUGUCACUAAAUAAAGUCUUGUUAGUAGUCAGUUUCGAUAGUGUAAAUAAUUAUAGAUAAAUAUUUGUACCACCUAGUCGAGACUGAUUCGCCAUAUUUACAUUAUUAAAUAAAAAAAAAUUCUUACUUCAUUUAUUAGAUGUAUUAUUUUCAUGUCAAUACAUGUGGUAUUUAACUUUUAAUUUUGUUUAGAAAAUGAUCUAUACAAAAUCGUUCAUAGUUAAAGUGCGUUCCUUUUAACGGCUAUCAUACACUUUUCUCUUUGACGUUUAUCAAUUUUAAAUAUAAUUUUAUACGUUCUCUACUGAUUUAUCGAAUUCGGAUUAAACCAAAUUUUCAUAUAUGCUAUAUUCAGAUAUAAGUGUAUGAAAUGACAAUUAUUUUGAAUUUAUGUUUUAACGAACUUUGACUAUGAAUAUCUCGUAUAGUAAAAAUAUAAGGUUUUUUUUACAUUGACGUAAUUGUGUAUUUACUACACUUUCAAGGGCCUUAUUCUUAAAUUUUAGUAAAAAAAAAAUUAUUUCGAUUAUUUGGAAGGGAUACUACUUCCAAUGAAAAAGAAAAAAUAUCACCUAUUAUAGCGCACUUUAGACGCGAUUGAGGAAGAGGAUAGCUUAUAAUAUUUUAGUUUUUAAUAAAUUCUAUUUGGAACUGCAAACCAUAGAAUAUAAAUCUUUUAAUUUUAAAUAAUUGGGGUCGAUUGAAAUAAAUAAAACGGAUCUGUUCCAAGAAUCUAAUUUUUAUUUAAAACAUUAAUGUAACAACUCAACGUGUAAAGUAUCUUUAUUUUUUUUGUAAACCAGUGAUGUAAUAAAAUGGUUAUAAAAGUGAUUGUUUUCAA